CAGCGACACCGGAAGAGCCGAACGAACGCCCAGCCCGCCCCGCCGCCUGCCUUAUAUACAACCCGGGCGGAUCGGCAGCGCCCGUUGCGAUUGGCUGCGCGAGAGGACUCGUUCCCCAGCCAAUGGAAAAGGCGAAUUCCAGACCCGGCCAAUAGCGAAUCCCGGCGCCGCGCGGAGCCGACAGACAGCCAAUAGCGAGGCGGCGAUGUCGGCGGAGCUGCUAUAAAAGCGGCAGCCGAGGCGGUGCCGGCGCUGUUGGCUGUUUGUUGGUGCGUUUGUUUUGUGCGUGAGCUGCGGUUGGUGCCGAGAUGCCCGAGCCGGCCAAGUCCGCGCCCGCGCCCAAGAAGGGCUCGAAGAAGGCGGUGACGAAGACGCAGAAGAAGGGCGACAAGAAGCGCAAGAAGAGCCGCAAGGAGAGCUACUCAAUCUACGUGUACAAGGUGCUGAAGCAGGUGCACCCCGACACGGGCAUCUCGUCCAAGGCCAUGGGCAUCAUGAACUCCUUCGUCAACGACAUCUUCGAGCGCAUCGCGGGCGAGGCGUCGCGCCUGGCGCACUACAACAAGCGCUCCACCAUCACGUCGCGGGAGAUCCAGACGGCCGUGCGCCUGCUGCUGCCCGGCGAGCUGGCCAAGCACGCCGUGUCCGAGGGCACCAAGGCGGUCACCAAGUACACCAGCUCCAAGUAGACGGUUUCUGUCCCAUCUUUUCAACCCAAAGGCUCUUUUAAGAGCCACCCA